AUGCAUGAUGGCAACCUGAUGCAGCUCGGCCCAGGCCACACGAUGCACCGGACCCCCGGGGGUGGGGGCUGUCCGCCUUGGGGUCCUUCCGACCUGCCGCACUCCCUUUACGCGUCUCACCUACACCUUCACCCACAUUCUCACCCCCAACCACAUCACAGCCACCCGGGACCACACCAUCAAUCCCACUCGCCACAUGGGCACCAUCUUCUAUCGCCAAUGCAACUGCCGCCCUCUGGCCCCGCCUCUUCACUCCCACUUCCGCAGAUAUCUUCUCCACCUACAGGACUUGUCCAUCAACUGCAUCCCAUGUCGCCCCACCACCAGCUUCCGCCCAUCUCUUCACAGCCGUCGGGCCCCGGUUUCGGUGCCCCUUCCCACCUUCAGGGUCACCCACACCAACAGCCAUCGCACAACCUUCACCUCGGACCACAUUCCCACCAUCUCCAUGUGAACCAUCCGCAUAUACCAAUGCAUCCUCACUUUCAUGCCCAGCCACCGCCACCGCCCCCGCCUCCGGUAUCCCACUCCCAGAUGCAUCCUGCCGGCCUUCCACCCUCGAUGAACAGUGGUCCCUUGUCUCUGCCUCCGCAUAUGCUUAUACCGAACUCGGCCAGUCUUCUCCCCUGUCGCCUCCUGCCAACACCGCCGCCUGGUCUGCAGAUGCGCCAGUCCCUGCAUCUCGGCUCAGGCGGACUCUACCGACAAUGCCAUCCUCAAGCGAUGCUGCGCCAGACGGACGAGCUUUCUCUGGGCCAGGUGAGAAUUUCCACAAUAGUCGGACUAAUUCAUGCCUGUUAUAGAUCAGGUCUAUGGGAAAAAAGGAGUUUUCUGGGUAAUCUAAUUCCAGUUCGAAUAAAAUUUCAUAAUGCAAAGUUUCGGCGGACAAAAAACUCAGGAUUCGGAAGUCCUAUAUGA